UUUUGGCAGUUCUCAACGUUUGUUUUCUUGUUGCCGAAGCCAAACCCACACAAGGCACAUUUUGACAGAUUUAUCUUUAAAUUCGUGUCUGUGAUUAAAAGACUUUAAGCAUGGACGAUGCAGAACUGGCUGAAAUCCGUGCCAAGAGAAUGGCUCAACUUCGAGGAGAGCAAGGCAAUCCAAAGGAAGCCGAAGAGCGUAUGAGGCAGCAGUCUGAGAUGAAAAACUCAAUGCUUUCUCAAAUCCUAAGCCAGGAUGCAAGAGCAAGAUUGAGCACACUGCAGGCAGCUAAGCCGGACAUGGCGCGUCAGGUGGAGGCAAUGUUAAUCUCAAUGGCACAGAGAGGGCAAAUCCAAGGUCAGUUGGAGGAAGCCCAGCUGCGAAACAUCCUUGAACAGGUCAGCAGUACCAAGUCCAAAAGCACAGUCAACUUUGACAGACGAAGAGCUGCUUUGGAUUCAGAUGAUGACGACCUUUGAUACAACCCAGACUUAAACUUCCUUUCCUUUGGUCAAGGUCCGCACUUCUUGAGUUUGAAAAGUUUUACAAAAUUGUAUUAACCUGAACUAAUAACAGCCACAUAAAGUGGCAGGUACGGAUGAGUAGA